AUGGCUUUCUCAGCAGAACCAGUUCGCAACCUCGGUGGUCGCGGGUGCUGGUUCGAGAUCCGCGUCGACGACCUCGCUGGAGGAGAGAUCUCCGUCAUGGGCGUGGGCUUCACCGCUACCGACCCGGACACCUUCUUGAACUCUGAGGAGGGUGAGGCGGCGGCUCCCCUGCCUGGUUGCGCCGCACAUAUCCCCAAAACGUUUGUUGUGGGCUACAGCGGGCGCUCGCUUUACUGGAACGGCGAGCGCAUUGAGAUUGAGCCGGUCUUCGCGAAGCUGAAGCCGGCGCAGACAUUCACGAUCGGUGCCCUGGCCAAUCUUGAUGGCGGUCUGGAGUUGUUCAUCAACCGGAGGUUGGUCUACGCGUUUUCGCCUGAGGCGAACGUCAAGCCGCCGAUGGAAGUGGACGUUCCGUUGUGGGCAGUUGUAGACUGCAGUGGAGGCCUAAAGAAGGCUUCGCUGAUCCCAGAUUCCAUCCUUCCUUCGCCCGAGAAGGAGGGCAUAGAUGAUGAGGCCACCGGCGGUGCCGGCGAGGGAGAGGAUGGUGAGCCUGGUGAUGAUGCCGGCGACGCUGCCUGA